AUGGAAGACGCUCUCAACCUUACAGACCAAGAGUCGAUCCACAAAGCACCUCAACAGCAGGAAAGACAAGCAGAGGCAAAGACAAGCAAAGCUGCAGCUACAGCAACAGCAACGACAGCUACAUCUACUCUUGCGGAACACCGCAGCAACAGCAGCCACCAUGUCCACAACAGCAGAAGACACGGCCAUAUCGCAGGCCAUCCGAAAACCAGACCCAUGGUGCGAUCCGCCUCCAAUCCUCCUACUCACCACCACAACCAUCACAACAAUUCGAACGCAAGCAAUAGCAACAGCAGCCCUUUAACUGCAGGGCGCCCAGAUCACCGACCAAAACCUGCACGACAGCGGAGACGGAGAGCAAAGUUCGUUUGUGGGGGAGGAGACCAAGAUCAAGAUCAGGAGGAAGAUUACGAACAGCACCAUCUAGACGACAAGGACGAGAGCCCUGGGCGAACACUCGUUCAUGAGGGACACCGUCCUUUUCAGCACGCUUGCUUGAGACAUGUCCAUGAUCCCUACCCGCAGACGCAGCCGCAUUCAUCCCAUGAUGCUCAUCAGCAGCAUCACCAGGAACGACUGGAAGGGGAUGCAGGAAGUCCACACAAGCGGACGCAUCAGGGCGGGAACCAGGACAUGGACCAGGGUCCAACAUCGGAGAGCAUACCCAAUAACACUCAACUCAGCCAUCCACGGCGCAUCGACCCAAAUGUUCAAGCAAGGCAGAAUGACAGUGCACAGACCAUGUCGGACGAACCUCCGACAGUAGUACCAGGAGCACUAGGACGAGCAGGUCCAGAAGAGGACACAGAUUCAACUCGCAGUUUGCGGCAAUCCAUGGAGGAUCUUUCGCUGGGGGCGACAAAGGCCAAGACCACGGGUGCGUCUUUCACUAUUACCGCAGAAGGGUCUCAUCGCUUAGUCCAGGUUUCGGAUCACAGGACCGUGCAGGACGCGGAAUCGGAACCCCGCAACAUGUAUCACCAGGAGCUGCAGCAAAACCAGCAGGCGCAAACGCAGGGCCUAAACGACGAGCACCAGCAGGAGAAGGCAGGGGAUUCAACAACGACACAGAGUGUCCCGUCUCUCGCCGUAGUUACCUCAACACCCACGGACCCAACCAGCCCCACGCCAAUACCGCCGCCAGGACCCUCACCAGCAUCAGCACACCACCAGCCCUCUAAACGUCUCAGCCGUCUCCUGAGUCCAACCCCUGCUACCGCACCCAUCCCCUCUAUCACCAGAACCACCUCCCACCCAGUCCUGACAGUCCUCAGACCCUCCCAAAGCCAUUCCUCCGACCCUGGCAGUGUCGACGAUGGCAACAGCCCCAACAGCCGCAGUAAUGGAGACAAUGGUGACCAUGUCGAGGACGCGUACACGCCGGGUGUAUCUUCAACACAAGGCGACCGCCCGCACCAGACGACUACCUCUCCGGUCCAGGAACUGGUCUCCAAGGUCUUGGCAUCUUACGCCGUCACCAGAACGACGUCUGGGACGAGUGCACGGUCGAAUUCACAAAACAACCUCCAGCAUUACGCGCUGGGAAGACAUCAUGCCCGCCAACCUUUGGUCUCAUCCUCCCCCGCAUCCACCCGCUCGACCCGCUCCCUCUCUGCCUUCAUUCAUCAUCAGCAUUCGCCCAUCCGUCGAACCAUGAGCGCAGGAACCUCUUCUGGGGUAUUGCCACCCGGAGUGUCACGACACCCGAAUGAUUUGGGCGGAGGAGGUGAGGGACAGUUCUUGGUUUCAAAGUUCUUGAACGUCACACCGUCCUCACUGUCGUUUUAUAGCGCUUCUCCGUCAUCAUCGGCACCCAAGUCUGCACCGCUAUCGAGCUCUGAGGCAUUUAGGCCUGCAUCUGCAUCAGGAUCAGGGUCAGGAUCAGGAUCAGGACUAGGGGUGGGAACAGGAGCAGAAGGAUCGAACACAUUGCAACCGUACCACCGAAGACGCGUACCAGUCAGUCUGCGCAUGACCUCUACAACAUUCGACAAUCUCACAGGCACAGGCACGGACACGGACGCUGAAGACACGGACACGACACCUACGAUACCCAUGUGUAUCACCUCCGGCACCUCCGCUCAGGACAACGCGAUCUCACCUAAAAGUCCAUGGAACCCUGUAGAAUCCAUAUCGCGAACACAGCAAAAGCUGCUUCUUCAGCGUGCGAGCUCUCAGGAUGAUAUAAAUGAAGAGGAAAUGAGUCGACGGGGGAAAUUCUUGAGGGAACUGGAGCGGAUCCAGAGAGAGUGCCGGUGCGUGGGUAUGUUUUCGGAUCCGAUGAUGGAGAGUCUGAGGAGAUGUCUGCGUAGACGACAGGAGGCGGAGAAGCAGCAGGAGGCUGGCCAACAGCAACAGCAGCAACAGCAACAGCAACAGCAGUAA